AUGAUCACGCCGGAAUUGGGCAUGAUCAUGCCCCAGUUUGGUUUUGAAAACCAACAAUGUCUGACCUCCAAGCUCAUCCCCUUUCUUCUCCUCGACCGACAAGACUGUACUGCUCCGCUAUGGCGAUACCAUGCCUAUCACAGCCUCCACCUCCACCUCCCUAAACAAUACUGCGAGCUCCCCCUUCUACCACAUCCCCCUUCUUCCCCCACCUUCCUUCCAUGCACCGAAUUCAUCCGCUACCUCGACAACUACGUGGUGGCCUUUAGGCUCGAACACCACAUCCGAUUCCGCCGUCGAGUUGACUCUGCCGAGUUCGAAUCAGCACUGGCACGGUGGCGAGUUCUCGCGGCCAACCUUGAGACCGGUGAGGUGGAGGAAUAUGAGGCUCGAUUCGUGGUGGUUGCAAAGGGGGAGAAUGAUGAGCCGGUGCUGCCGACCGGGAUUGUCGGUCUGGACCGGUUUGAGGGGUUGGCGGUUCAUUCGCAUCAAUUCCGGACCGGGAAGGCUUACCAAGGGCUCGAUGUACUUGUAGUUGGGUGCGGGAAUUCGGGCAUGGAGAUUGCAUGCGACCUUGCGGAAUGUGGGGCCCGAGCCACGAUUGUGGUGCGGAGCAAGGUACAUCUGGUAACGAGGGAGAUAUGGCGGAUUGCACUUGUCGCCAUGAAAAUUUUGCCAUUUAGUUGGGUCGAUUUGAUUGUUCUUACUCUAUGCUACAUGUGGAUGGGGAACACGGCCAAGUAUGGUUUGCACCGGCCAAGUAAGGGACCCCUUUAUUUGAAAAUGAACACUCUAUUCUACCCCGUUGUGGAUGCUGGCACUUUCUCAAAGAUUAAAUCCGGCGAGAUUGAGGUAUUUCCUGAAAUAACAGCUAUCGAAGGCAAGAAUGUUGACUUCGUGAACGGGAAGCAGCGCCGCUUUGAUGCUAUUAUUCUCGCAACGGGUUAUAGAAGCGCGGUUAAGAAGUGGCUUAAGGGUGAUAAUUUCCUUAUUGGUGAUGAUGGAAUGGCGAAGCAAAGGUUCCCCAAACAUUGGAAAGGGAACAAUGGACUCUAUUGUGCAGGCCUCGUUAGGAGAGGGAUUUACGGUUUAGCUGAGGAUGCAAUAAGCAUUGCAAAUGAUAUAAGCAACAUAUUACAAAAUGAGGAGCAGAAAGAAGUUUAGUUAUUAAAUAAACAUGUUGUCAUGUCAUAAAGAAUAACUAAUUCUUAUCAU